AUGGAGUCAAAUGGCCCUGUGGUCGGGUCGGACGACCCCCAGCGUCGCCGCCGAAAAGCCGCCCUCCGCCAGCGAAAUUCCAACAAGGGGCCUAUACCUGCUCGUUUGAUGCUCGAUAUCCGUCUGAAGGGUGAAGUCGGAGUGCUUUCUGACGAGCUGCUGGCAGACCUGUUCCCACGGCUGUGCUCAGACGAUUCCGAAGCGCGUCCGGAUAUCAUCUAUGUCGCCCUGGCACCUUGGAUCCCUAACCUCACGACCGUCGAAGAUGUCCAAUGGACCAUUGUACCCGUCCAUACCCAGGCCAACGAGAAGACCAAGGCCUCCUUCAUCUCGAAUUCAGCCAUCCAUUUCCCCGUCUCCGCGAACUCAAUUCAGCCAUUCAUCCAGGUUCUGCAAGGCGACCCGUCGCGGUCUUCCUUCCUCCUAGCUCAGCGAGGCAUUGAGAUCCAUAUCGUCAAUGUCACCCCACUACAUCUGGAUACCGUGUAUGUCACCGUGGAACGGCACUUGUUACGAGACAUCGAUGAGAUACAAGGCAAGUUUGGAGGAGGGUUCAGUACCAAGUCGCGGGCCUCGAAUGGGCUAUGGGCCAAGGGUAAAGGAUCAGCUUCGCUGCAUGACCGUACCAUAUCCAAGGGGACAAAGCAGUCUCCUGCUCAGAGGGAGGAACGGCUCAUGGAAGCUAUUCGGCGAGGGUUGGCUGCACGGGAUAUAUUGCAUAAUGGAGAUAUAAUCCCUCUCCCUUUGCCAUCACACCCUAUUACGCACGCUCCUCCGCCACCAGCGAGAAUCUCAUUCUGUGAACCAGUCGCACAGGGCCGUUUGAUGGCAAAGACAAAAAUUGUGCUUCUACAGGCUCGCUCGGUGCAGAAAUCGCGCUCCAAGACCAUGUCUAUCUCUGGCACCGGCUUGCUAAAACGAGUUACUGAAGAUGACACCGAAGAUACGUCGAAUGACUUGUUUUAUUCUGCGGGUGAGGAAAAGGCGCUGGAGGAAGGUACAGAUAUCGAGAGCCCAUCACCACCUGAUGAGUCUGAUACAGAGGCUUCCGUUCAGAGUCGUAGUGAUGCCGACGACACCGAUGAUUCUGACGACUCUCUGGAAGAUAUGAUCUCACUUAGCGCCCCUGAACUUCCUCAACAACCUUCGGGGGCAAUGUCGGCUUUUUCCUCUGCCACGCCCAGGCUUGGGGGGAGGUCGUUAGGCAUACAUUCUCCCGGCUCCGUAUUUUCGAGUUUCACGUCCAACACUGCUCGUCAGGGUAGACACGCUGGUAAAACGUUCAAAGCCGAGUGUCUUCUCGAUAGCAUACCUAAUGAGCUUCUUCAUCCUAAACCACGGGAGGAGGAUGAUUCGGAUGCAUUUAUUUUCGUCGACGUGCACACUCUUGUCAAGAUAGGGUGUUUCUCCGGCGACUGGGUUCGUGUAGCACCCACGGAGGAGCCGCAGCGAAACAUGCUAUCCUCGCUAGCCUUUAGUGGCCUCAAUGGUUUAAUGGGAGGAACUGAGGAGCCUGAAAACUGGCGUGCUGCAAAAGUCUAUGGUGUUACUGGCCUGUCCCCCCCGAAGAUCCGAUAUGCAAUGAACAAGUCCGCGGAUAGAUCGUCAAGCAUUUCACAGAUGCCGACCCAGAGUCUCGCGCCUACGGUUCUGGUACCUCCGCUUCUACUGCAUAAUCUGCAAAGUCCCAAAUAUAUAAAGCUUUCUCCUUUGUCGUUUGGCCCAGCUCAACAUGGACCGUCGAAGCUUGGGCUGACAGCCUCACGGGGUAGCAGUAUGCCAAAAGCACCACCUACCGCUAAGGAGGUCACUCUACUGAAGAUAUCUACCGCUCUAUCCGUAGAUAGAGCACUCCAGCCAGCCAUCUUUGCUGCGUUGAAACAUCACUUCGAAUCAAAAAGACGGCUAGUAAAGAGCGGGGACAUGAUUGGAAUUGGUAUCGACGAAGGAUUGGGAAAGACGAUAUUCUCAGCGACUAAGAGCGCAGACGCAGCCGGCCAGGAAGACGAGUUGCCUUCUCAGUUUGCAUUCUCUUCACCCAAGAACAGCCCUUCCAGCAAGGUUGGCGUCGCUUGGUUCCGUGUCAGCCAUGUCACGGCUCCGACCACCAGCUCAGAACCGGAUAGCGCGCCUGACCAUGAGCAAUGGGGCGGAGUAGCAGCUAUUGAUACCCUCAAUACUCGAAUGGUCCAGGCUGGAAGUGAGAUCGGUACUGUUCCCGGAACCCUCGAAAACACAUGGGAGUACUGGCUCAAUGUGAAGUCAGCGCCACAACCGAGCGUAGAGCAGCGAGCAACUCCGUGGGUACCAACAGAAUCACCUGCGGUUUUCAUCCCAUCUAUUCAAAAACGUGUGCGAGAGUUGAUAGCCGCCGCCACUAGCCCACGCGCAAUCCAGCUCGGAAUGAAGCCCGUCGUUAUUCUUCUCACAUCUACACAGAGAAACAUCGGUAAAUCGACGGUUGCUCGUCGAGCAUGUGCUGAUAUCGGCCUUCAUACAUUCGCUAUUGAUUCCUAUGAUAUCCUAAGUGAAGGAGGUGCUAAUGGAGGCGAUAUGAAGACGGAAGCAUAUCUCAAGGCGAGAGCAGACAGGGCAUUUACAUGCGGCCCUACCUGCACCGCGUUGCUCAUUGAACAUAUUGAAGUGUUGACAGCGGAUAGAAUCGUUACAUCAUUGAAAGAGAUCGUUGCUAGUGCCCGAGUUAUCAUUGCAACAACCACAGAUGUGGAGAAGGUUCCAGAGGGAAUCCGAAGUCUUUUUACACAUGAAUUGGAAAUGAAAGCCCCAGAGGAGAAGGAGAGAGAAGGAAUUCUUAGAAAUGCCGUGGCAGACUUAGCGCUACGACUAUCACCUAAUGUUGACUUGGCUUCGGUAGCCGUCAAGACAGCCGCGCUUGUUGCUGGUGACUUGGUCGACGUCGUCGAGCGGGCUGUAGCUGAACGUACUCUGCGGCUACAAAAGCUUGCCGAUUCCGCAGUGGCGCUUGACGCCAGCUCGAGUGUCAGUGUUCGAGACGUUCAUAUUGCUGGUGGAGAUUCCACACGAUCUGUCACCAAGGCCGAUUUCGACGCAGCAGUUGAUGCUGCAAGGAAGAAUUUUGCAGAUUCCAUUGGAGCUCCAAAGAUUCCCAACGUCACCUGGGAUGAUGUCGGUGGUCUCACUAAUGUGAAAGAUGCUGUCAUGGAAACAAUCCAGCUUCCACUUGAACGUCCAGAGCUCUUUGCCAAGGGCAUGAAGAAGAGAAGCGGUAUUCUAUUCUACGGCCCACCAGGAACAGGAAAGACCUUGCUUGCAAAGGCGAUUGCUACGGAAUUUUCCCUCAAUUUCUUCUCCGUCAAAGGCCCUGAGCUGCUUAAUAUGUAUAUCGGAGAAUCUGAGGCCAACGUACGACGGGUCUUCCAGCGCGCUCGAGACGCACGACCAUGCGUCGUCUUUUUUGACGAGUUGGACUCCGUCGCACCCAAGCGAGGUAACCAAGGAGACAGUGGUGGUGUCAUGGACAGAAUCGUCAGUCAGCUUCUGGCUGAGCUCGACGGCAUGAGUGGUGGUGACGAGAAUGGUGGCGGCGUUUUUGUUAUCGGCGCUACCAACCGUCCUGAUCUUUUAGACGCUGCCUUGUUACGACCUGGCCGAUUCGAUAAGAUGUUAUACCUUGGCGUGUCAGACACGCACGAUAAACAGCUUACUAUCUUGGAAGCUUUGAGCCGCAAGUUUAACUUACAUCCUGAUCUUUCGUUGCGGCGAGUUGCUGAACUGCUGCCAUUUACCUAUACCGGUGCCGAUUUGUAUGCAUUGUGUUCGGAUGCAAUGCUCAAGGCAAUUACUCGACAGGCCACCGCUGUGGAUGAGAAAAUCAAGGCUCUCCCUACUGGACCAGUUACAACAGCCUAUUUCUUUGACCAUCUCGCCACCCUCGAAGAUACUGCAGUGAUGGUUACAGAGAAAGAUUUCAUUGACGCAAAGAAUGAACUGGUUCCUAGUGUUAGUGCGAAAGAGCUUGAACACUUCGAGCGGGUGCGUAAGACGUUUGAAACCGUUGAUACCAAGAAAUCUUCUCCUUCCAAUGGGAAAAAGGGCAUUGAAGGCGAAUCCGACGAGGCCGUGGAUAUGAUGGCAGACGGUUCCAUGACCAUAGGCGAGGCUCUCAACGGCCCCAAUCGACCAGAAGGCGAUGGAGAAGACGACGACUAUAUAAUCAGAACAGAUCAUCUGGUGAAACCAGAAUCGUCAAAGUAA